AUGUUACAGCCGCACUUCGAGCGGCCGCUACAGCAGGCGGCCGACAGCUUCGGCGUGUGCACGACACUGCUCAAGAAAAUCUGCCGGCGCAAUGGCAUCAGCAACUGGCCGUACCGCAAGAUCUGCGGACUGCGCAAGAGCAUCGCGUCCAUGGCCAAGCAAGUCAACUACUUUGACGGCGAGCAGAAGCGCGCGUACGCUGAUCAGUUAGAGAAGCUCCAGCACGAGCUGCAGUCAUACCUUCGCACAGGAAACGAGCCCACGGAAGAGUUCCUCCGAGCGCUCAGCUCAGAGGCUGCUAGCGCCGCUGCACGACCCGCUUCGGACACAACAGAAGUUGGCAACGAGGAGGAGGAGGAGGAGGAGGAGGAGGAGGAGGAGGAGGAGGAGGAGAAGGAAGCGCGAGAGGUGCCCACAUGGACGACUAGACCCACGCCCGUGUUUCCUACCAUCGCGACACAUCACCGCGCACUGCCGUCGAUCGCGUCCAUUCUGCAGCACCAGAGCUACUCGAGUCCGAGUCGAGCGGCCUCGACGAGAACGGCGCCAGUAUCCGCGCAGUACGUGGACGGCCAGCUACAACAACCACAGUGGCGAUACUUUCCUCCUACAAGCGAUGAUGCUGUAUAA